AUGACAACUUCGCCGUCUGCCGAUGAGCCCCAGGGCAACUAUGACGUGGACUACGUUGUCCGCUAUACUUUUGGCGGCACAGGUAAACAACCCAGCCCGCUGGGAGGAGGCGAGUUCCGUGAUCGCGACGAAGCUACGGAACAAUUGAAUAAUCUAUUGCAGACCUUGGCUGACAUUGGGUUUCUCACCGAGGUUCGCCCGAGCGAUAGGACGACGUUGUUGGUGUUUAUCAGGGCCCCUGAAAAGAGCUUGCUGCGAGCCACGCACACAUCGCGGGUACGCGACUGGCUUUAUGGGCUUCGAAACACUCAGCCUGGUGGUGAAUCCUCGCCGGGCCCCCAGUCCGGUGCAGAGCGUCUGCGAGCUAUUCAUUAUAUGCUGACCGCACCAGUUGAAGAUGGUGGCGCAAAUAUCACCCCUAAGUAUGGACAGUGGAAAAAUGUAGACUCAAUUUUUCCUUUGCAUGAUGACAAGACGAAUCAGGCUUGGAUGAGAGACUGGAGCAAGAAGACUUUUUUGACCAAAGAAGACCUAGACCAAAUUCGCGACAAGUUUGGAGAGAAGAUUGGGUUUUACUUUGCUUUCCUGCAAUCGUAUUUCAGGUUCUUGUUCUUUCCUGCGUUGUUCGGGUUUUCAUCUUGGGUGAUGCUGGGCUACUAUUCGCCAAUCUACGCCAUUGUCAAUUGUGUCUGGUGCGUCGUUUUUGUAGAGUACUGGAAACGACAAGAAGUCGACCUGGGCAUCCGAUGGCAAGUCCGCGGGGUCUCUGUUUUGUCCUCGAAAAACCGGCAUUUCAAACCCGAGAGAGAAGUUCAAGACAAAACCACUGGGGAGUUGCGUCCGAUCUUUCCUUGGACUAAGAGACUGCAGAUACAGCUGCUGCAGAUUCCGUUUGCGCUUGUUGCCGUUAUUGCUUUGGGCGCUGUAAUUGCAACUUGCUUUGCAAUAGAAAUCUUCAUCUCGGAGGUCUACAACGGUCCGCUGAAGACGUAUCUUGUCUUUAUUCCAACAAUCUUGCUUUCUUCACUGCUACCUAUUUCUAGCACCAUUCUUACCAAAGUGGCAACCAAAUUGACUGAGCUCGAAAACUACGAAACUAAAGAAGAACACGAUGUGGCGUUCAUUCAGAAGAUGCUCGUCGUGAACUUCAUCACAUCGUACCUUGCUAUUUUCUUGACUGCCUUUGUCUACGUCCCCUUCGCCAACAUUAUUGUUCCCUAUCUUGAUGUUUUCCGAGUGACAGUACGACCCUUCGUAUCGCAGGAAGACGAAAAGACCAUCAAUCACUCCGACUUCAAAAUCGACCCACACCGUCUACGCAAGCAGGUAAUUUAUUUUGCGGUAACCGCACAGAUUGUGAACACCUGCAUGGAAACCGUCGUCCCUUUCAUCAUGCGCAAACUAGCUAUCAAAUAUAAGGAAUACUCCGAAGAAAAAGCCAACAAUGAAAAGGGCAGUCCAGCAUACGAUGAUCACCCAGACGAAGCCGACCUAUUAAAGAAAGUCCGCAACGAAGCAGACCUCCCCGAAUACGACGUGACAGACGACCUUCGCGAAAUGGUCAUCCAGUUUGGAUACCUCUCCUUAUUCUCAACAGUAUGGCCAUUAGUCCCCGUUUCAUUCCUUUUCAACAACUGGCUGGAGCUGCGUUCCGAUUUCUUCAAAAUAUGCAAAGAGUUCAAACGCCCAGUGCCAGAACGCGCAGAUACUAUUGGCCCAUGGCUCGAUACGCUCGGGCUUCUUGCCUGGAUUGGUAGCAUCACCAGUUCCGCACUCGUGUACAUGUUCAGCAAUGAGGGUCUCGGCCGCCAUGGCAACGCAGGAGAAAUUACGGGAUGGGUGUUAAUGGUAACCAUAUUCUUUGCCGAACACAUCUAUCUCGCUGUACGCUACGUCGUAGAAAAAACAAUGUCCAAGAUCGAGACGCCGAGUAUCAGACAGGAACGGGCUCAGAAGCUGCUUCUACGGAAAAAUAUCCUCGGUACCAUGGCAGAUGAUCAUUCUACAAUUGCCUCCGUGGGUAACGUCGACGGUCCGGACGAAAUUGAUCGGGCGUCGUUGGAAGAAGAUGCGCGUACACGCACUUUGCAAGAAGCGCGUCCGUCGGAUCGGUUCUGGGGAAGGCAGAAGAACUGGAAGGAGUCGCUGCAGAUUGGCACCAAGAUUAUUGAGUCGUAUCAGGCGACGGGGGUGAAGAAACAGCAGUAG